AUAAACAUAAACUACAGAAUAAGUUUAAAAAUGUGUUAGUAGAAACAUUAAAAAUAAACAGAUUCGGAUCAAGAUAAAAAUUAAAACAUGUCUUUGCCCAUCGUUUAUGGAAGAGCGUUAGUUCUAAUCGUAGCAUUUGCCAUAACAUCGAAGUAUUACUACGAUAACUAUUACCAGAAAAAACGGAAAAGUAUGCGGAAAGAAAUACAUGAAGUUAUUAUGUUCUCGCAUGGCACAAAAGUGAUUAAAAAAAGUAAAUACUCAAAAUGUAUGAUAACAGAGAGUAUGGACAGAUUGUUGUACUAUUUGAACUCACCAAAAUACUCUUUAGAUAUAUGUAUGUACGUAUUCACCAAUAUAGAUUUGGCCAAUGCUAUCAUGAAACUUCAUUAUAAAGGUGUUCAUAUAAGAAUGAUAAUUGAUGCUGACAUGGCCUAUUCUAAUGGUUCAAAUGUUUGGAGAUUUGAGAAGCUAGGAGUACCUGUACGAUGGAUGAAGUCAACAAACUUGAUGCAUCACAAAUUCUGCUUGAUCGAUACACAUUCUGAAGAUUCUAUCGCUACACCUUUAGUAAUAGGAGGGUCGUUGAAUUGGACAAAUCAAGCUUUGCAUGGCAAUUGGGAAGAUGUCUUUGUUACAUCCCAAAAAGAAAUUGUUUCUCAAUAUAAAGCUGAAUUUGAAAGACUUUGGAGUAUGUUUAGGCCUGUGGUAGAAUUAAUUUAAUUGACUUUAUUAAAUGUGAUAGCAGUUGUAUUACCAACUAAAAAAUGAUUGUAAACAUAAAAAUAUCAAUACUAAUUAAUAUCUUUGACGGUAACACGGUUGAAUGAUAGUGAUAAUACUCCUUAAGUGAUUAUUGUAUUAUAGUUUAUAAGUUUAAAUUUAAGAUUUCUGUAUGACAGAUAACUGUUAUCUACAUAGGUACAUAAGCCUUGUAAUUAAGGUUGCU